CUUGUGUCUCAUGCCCUGUACAAUCUCCAGAAGAUACCACAACAUCGUCCAACACUCCCAUCACAAUGUCGACCUUCGACUCGUGCUGCACAUGUGCUACCCUACUGACCGACGUCAAAGUGCCCUACGACCCAGAAAGCGAAAAGCCACUCCUCUACAACCGGCGGCUCGAGUGUUGUUCGCGUGAGAUCUGCGCCACAUGUCAAUAUAAAAACCCGCGGUUCCAAUCAUACUGUCCCUUCUGCCAGAUAUCGUCUGGGCCUUCAGCUUUACCGAAAGAAGGUCUCAGACUUCCUCCUUCAUAUACCAAGACACCUUUCCCGGGCAGGGCUGCGUCGCCGCCACCGCCUUCGUACAAUGAUGCGAUAAUGUUGGGACGAAACCCAACGGCUGAACAGGUUACUACUACGGCGCAGCCGCCGCGGGAUACAGAAGAUACAGUACACUUUAUCGGCGGAGAUGACUCGUUACAGUCGCUGUCCCUGGCGUAUAAGGUCCCUCUACCGAUUCUUCGCCAGCACAACAACCUAUACUCGGAUCAACUCCUCGCGGCCCGCAAGUGGAUCCUAAUCCCCAAGUCCCACUAUACGGGGCCGCCCUUGUCAGAGCCUCCAGACCCGGAGGAAGAGGAGCGCAAGAUCAAGUUGCGUCGGUGGAUGGUGCUCACAAAAUGCCCCGAUUACAGCGUUGCGACGCUCUAUCUGAAGGGAAGUGACUAUAAUUUGGAUCUUGCUGUGGACGCCUUCAGAGCAGACGAGGAAUGGGAGAAUAAUCAUCCUCUUCGCGGCAAUGGGAAGGACCAUGUCAGGCGAAGACGAGGCAUUGGAAGCGGUAGCCUUGCUGGUCAGCUUUCAUGGUCCUAGAUCCCAGGAUUCAAGCACACAGCAUCCUUCUACGCUGCGGCGCACACGGCAUGUGGGCGUAUACACCCAUGAUGUUAUACGCCGAACCACAGGCUUCUCAGGGCUGUUUGUCUCGUCCACGCAGCAGGCGGGUCUUCCCCCUAGAGUCAAAGCAAGUGUCCGGUUCAACAAGCCAGGGCCCCGGAACAUGUUUUACGCCCUGCCAGAAGAAUACGGGUAGAAGGGAGUCAGAUCCAUUAAGAUUAAAAGCAGAAGCUUCAGGCUUCCAUGUUAUGGGGUGAAUAAAUUAGGCGGCGUUCCAUGGUCGCGCCUCGAGAACAAGAAGCCGACCUGGUUGUCCUUUGAUUUUGAAUAUUGUCAGUGCUGUUUAGUCAUCAGCGCAGUUGCAUUGAUCGCGCCCGGACAGCCCUAUCGCAAGCAGAAAUACGCGGGUUGAUGUAGUACCCGUCUUAAGAGCAGAAACUGUCAGCGCUCCCUGUUGCGCAAACCUGCUGAGCUUGAGCCAUCCUCAUGGGCUUCUACCGAGGUUGAUGUGCUCUGCUCAACGGGCCCCUGUGCUUUCGCAUCUCCAUGCUGAGAAUCUGCAGCCUCUUGUAUAGCGCCAUCAGGUUGGUUCUCGCCGCUAUUUGCGGCCUCCUGUGUACGUGCAGCCUCUUCCUCCUGAGCACGUAAUCUCUCUUGCUCUAGCCGCUCAGUUGCUCGUCUCGCCUCUUCUCUUGCACGAACAUAUCGUUCUCCGACUCCUGGUACCAGGCUUGCCAGAAACAGCGCGGUGCUUUGCUCGAUGCGAUAGAGCGUAUCCCUCCAUGAACCGCGAACGCCAUCUUGAUGUUGGCGAAUGAGUCGUGCGGCAGCUUCUUCGGGGGUCAUCUGGACAGCUCCACGGACAUUAACCGGUCGCUGGCCACUUCUGUCGACUGGCCCAUCUCCAGUGGCGUCGGCAUGAGGCUGGUUCAGCGGUUGCUGAUUUGCCUGCGCAGGCCGGGGCUGUGCAACUGGUGGAAAGAUCAGGUUGUCAAGAUGGAGUCGGGCUGCGGUCAUUGCACGCGCCAACGGGCCAUUCCUGGGCUGAAGACAAACAAUGGCCGCAACUACAAUUAACAGCCACCGCCGCCAACUCCCUGGUUCAGAGAAGACAAACAUGAGAAGGUAGAGGCGCAGAAACAGCCAGCCUCUCUGGAUCAAAAAGCCAAACAGGUCAUUGUCCACUUCGAUACGCCGAGCUUGUGGCAAGGCUGGUACAUCACGUCUCCGACCUCUUCUGGGGUGGGCUCUUCGUGCAUUGUUGUUCAAUGCUCCAUUCCCUUCUUGUGGGAGCGGCGCUGAUCGGGCAGGGGGGUGGUUUAUCGUUGAGACAUUCCGCUCCGGGGACGGGUCAGGGACGUGUUGGGGCGAUGUGGUGAAGAAACCGUGGCCGGGAGCAAACAGCAGCCCUUCCGGGCCCGCAGGAGAGGAUACAAUCCAUGCCAUUGCACUAGGAUUCGUAUUGACUCCGAGUGGAUGUCGGGCAAAGUGUGCUUGGAAAUGAGCUGGAAGGAUUGGCGCCACCAACUGCCCCGGGAUAGGCUGGCCGGUGAAGAUUUGAUGAUGAGUUUGGAAUUGGGGAAGUGGUACUUGAGGUGCCGAGGUAGCUUGAGGGUUGGGAGCCGCAGGGUUGGUCGGCUGUGUUUGCGCUUGGUCGGGUGUAUGACCUGAUUGAGACGCCUGGGACGUUGGACCAGUUGGCUGCGUCCUCGUCCCCAUGGUGAAUUGUGGUGGUUGGGGUGGGAAGACAAGUUGUGGCUGAAGAGGAGGGGCCAUUCCAGGACUUCUCAACCUUGAUGGCACAGCUUGACCUUGUCCUUGGAGGUUAUUGGGAUGAACGGCAUGUGGCUGCCCCAAGGCUUGCCCAGCGGUGAAAAGGAGAGGCAAUGGUACAGCAAACGCGGCUUGGGCGUUUAAUGCAGGAGCAGCAGGGGUAGGUUGGCCGUUCGCAGUAUGGGGAUGCUGAAAACCAAUUCUCUGUUGCACAUUCGCCAAAUCUGCUCUGUUCACCUCGAUUUGCUGCUGUAUCCGAGCGAGCGACUCUUGAAGCCUUGCUGCAGAAGCCUCUACCGCUCUGAUCGGGUUCAAACGAUCCAGGUGCCGCGGAGGUGCGACAGGAGGGUUGGCCGUGUCGGGCGCAUUUGCUGUUGAAGCUGCAUCUUGACGGGGAUGAAUCACGAUGUGAAUUGUGUAUGGUAGAGGACCAACGGCAGCGCCGGACUUUCAGACUUGUUAGCCAGAUCACACAUGGGCCAGCAAUUCUUUGACCUAC